AUGGUUGAACUUCCAGCUGCACCGUCGACAACACCAGUAGAGAACCCAUCGAACGAUACACCAACCACUGAGUACGCCAGCCCUCCAUACGAAGCGGCGUAUUAUCCCUACCCUACUAGUUACACCAUGCCAGCGCCACAGGUGAUAUACGUAUCCCCACCACAGGUGGCGUCGCAUCCUUUCUCCUAUGCCCCACCAAAACCACCACCAUCACCAGCACCAGGUCCAUAUCACUUGGAAUCAUCUAGACCUUUGGAUCCUUACAGAGGAUAUCCGGCUGCAGCACCGAAAGCUCCAAUGCCUCAUUAUUAUGAACCUUACUCGUACCCUUCUCCCCCUCAACAUUCAUUGCCCCCGCCAUAUCCUCCACCAUCUCCAUAUUCUUGGGAUUAUAGUUCCCAUUACCCUGAAUAUCGUUCACAUACAUUUCAACACAAGCCCAUUUAUCCAGCUCCCGCGCCUACACCUUUACCACCUUACCACUUACCACCGUACCAAGCCCCGCCAGAAUAUCUUCCAACCCCUCCUUAUCAACCCCCCCAGUAUUAUCCAAAGCACCCUGAAUUACCCCCUCAUCCGUAUUAUGCUUGGACAUAA